GACCCGGGCGCUGCGGCCGCGGAGCUGGGUGAACGGUAGCGCGGUGGCUGAGGUGGCGGCGCGGGGCGGGGCAGGCGGAAAGAGGAAGAAGGAGCGAGUGGUGCACGAUGGCGGCGGCGACCUACGAGCGGCUGAAGCUGCAUGUCACACCUGAAAAAUUUUAUGUGGAAGCUUGUGAUGAUGGAGCAGAUGACGUACUUGUCAUCGACCGCGUGUCCACAGAAGUUACCCUGUCAGUCAAGAAAGAUAUUCCUCCUUCAGCUGUUACAAGACCAAUAUUCGGUAUACUGGGCACAAUCCAUCUGGUGGCAGGUAAUUAUCUAAUUGUUAUUACCAAAAAGACAAAAAUAGGUGAAUUUUUCAAUCACGUAAUCUGGAAAGCAGCAGAUUUUGACAUCCUUUCUUAUAAGAAGACGAUGUUGCAUUUAACUGAUAUUCAGUUACAAGAUAAUAAAACUUUCCUAGCGAUGAUAAACCACGUCCUGAAUGUGGAUGGGUUUUACUUCUCAACGACAUAUGAUUUGACCCAUACUUUGCAGCGGCUGUCGAACACCAGUCCAGAAUUCCAAGAAAUGAGUCUCUUGGAAAGGGCAGAUCAGCGGUUUGUAUGGAAUGGUCAUCUUCUAAGAGAACUUUCUGCCCAGCCAGAGGUCCAUCGGUUUGCGCUCCCAGUAUUACACGGCUUUAUUACUAUGCACUCGUGUUCUAUUAAUGGAAAAUACUUUGACUGGAUUCUCAUCUCGAGGAGGAGUUGUUUCAGAGCCGGUGUGCGUUAUUAUGUAAGAGGAAUUGAUUCUGAAGGCCAUGCCGCCAACUUUGUAGAAACAGAACAAAUUGUGCACUAUAACGGGAGCAGGGCCUCAUUCGUACAGACUCGAGGAUCAAUACCAGUUUUCUGGUCUCAAAGACCAAACCUCAAGUACAAACCACAGCCACUAAUCAACAAAGUAGCCAAUCAUAUGGAUGGUUUCCAAAGGCAUUUUGAUUCACAAGUAAUUAUUUAUGGAAAACAAGUAAUAAUCAAUCUGGUGAAUCAGAAGGGCUCAGAGAAACCACUCGAACAGGCAUUUGCAACAAUGGUGUCUUCCUUGGGCAGUGGAAUGAUCAGAUAUAUUGCCUUUGACUUCCAUAAAGAAUGUAAAAAUAUGAGAUGGGACCGACUAAGUAUUCUGCUGGAUCAGGUAGCAGAAAUACAAGAUGAACUAAGUUAUUUUCUAGUGGAUAUGGCCGGCAUGGUGGUGACGAGCCAGGAGGGUGUGUUCCGCAGCAACUGCAUGGACUGUCUAGACAGAACCAAUGUGAUCCAGAGCCUGCUGGCCCGCCGCUCGCUGCAGGCCCAGCUCCAGAGACUAGGAGUUUUGCAUGUGGGACAGAAGCUUGAAGAACAAAAUGAAUUUGAGAAGACUUACAAAAAUGCCUGGGCUGACAACGCAAAUGCUUGUGCCAAACAGUACGCGGGCACUGGUGCCUUGAAGACGGACUUUACCAGAACUGGGAAGAGAACUCAGCUGGGACUGCUAAUGGAUGGCUGGAACUCCCUGAUACGGUAUUACAAGAACAACUUCUCUGAUGGCUUUAGGCAGGAUUCCAUAGACUUGUUUCUUGGAAACUACUCAGUGGAUGAAUUAGAAUCUCAUAGUCCUUUAAGUGUUCCACGGGAUUUGAAAUUCCUGGCUUUGCCUAUUAUCAUGGUUGUUGCCUUCUCGAUGUGCAUUAUCUGUUUGCUGAUGGCCGGUGACACUUGGACAGAAACACUGGCCUAUGUGCUCUUUUGGGGAGUUGCAAGCAUUGGAACAUUUUUCAUUAUUCUUUAUAAUGGCAAAGAUUUUGUCGAUGCUCCCAGAUUGGUCCAGAAAGAAAAGAUGGACUGAAUUUGUGUCUGUGGAAAGCGGCUUGGCUUGGAAGAUUCCAUUAUGCAGAACUGGAGUCUUUACUGACCCGCUUUCCACGUCAGCCCGAGGUCUUUCGAAAGCCUUUCUCCGGAAGUCUGCCCUCUGCUUUGUGCCGGGCGGGGGACCUGCAGUCGGCCCGGUGUUCCUGCCCUGACCAUCUCUUCACUACUGGGGGGCUCUAGCUAUAAUUGGAAGCUCUUCUGUAAUUAAAAGGUCACCUGAAUCCAGCUCCUGGAACGGAAGGAAUCUAUUCCUUGUCGAUUUAAUCAACUCUUGCAGAAUAAGUAAUAUAUUUAAGAACUCUAGCUUCUUUCCUUGUUUAAAAUGGUAAAAUUAUUUUUCUAGCUCAGUUUCCUUAUUGUCACUGUAGAAGCAGUUGCUGUUCGCCAGCAGACGUCCCCACACAUCUUUGGGCUUUUCCUAAGAGAUGAGUGAUAAGCUAACACGCCUGUGUUGAUGAGGCGGGAGUCUCUCACAGACGUCAGGUAGUCAGCCAGAGAAGGGAGCCGGGUCUGGCGUCCUGUUGGGGUUUCGGUUGGGCUGCCUCUUGAGUUCAGCUUGAACUGGAGUGCAAAGAAGUUCAGAUAGGAUUUAUCUUUUUUAAAAGGUGUAAAUGAAAUCAAAGAAUGUAAAGUCUGUGUCUUAUGCUAAAGGUCCAAAGCCGCCUCUGUUUUAAGGAUUUGCCGCAGCGUGGAAAAGACCCUCGGCUGGUCGGCUCCCCCUCCCGGCUGUGGCGUUCCCUUGGGGUUCGUUCAUCGAGCCGCGCGAGCCCUGGGGAGGCUCCAUGCGUGGCACCGUCAGCGCUUCUCACUCUGUAAAGGUUUUUGUUAGCUUUAUUCUAUCAAUAAGUGUGUCUGAAAUUUAGUGCUUCCCGGUAGUUAGAGUUCUCCAAAUCAAGGACCAACUUCAUUGUUAAUUUAUGUGCAAAAACAAGCCUGAAAAAUACGCUUUAGAAGCUGUGCAUAGUUCUAAUUAUAAGUUGGACUGUAUAUUCAAACUGUAAUUAUGAAGUUUAAAUAUUAGAAAAGUGUGUAGAGUAGUAUACUUGCCACUAUUUUAAAACCGAUUAAAUACUGCUACAAUAUUUGUGUUGUGCUUGCAAAUAUGUACAGUUUUUUUCAAUAGUGGUCCUUAAAUAUCUCUCAAAGCGCCUUUAUUUCAACAUCACUUUUUUUUUCAACAUUAUUUUUUUAAACAAUAAGAGUUGUUGCUUCUAGAAGCUCUAAAGGAGAAUAGCUGGAAGCCCUCUGUAGCUUAAAAUCAGUCAUUAAAACUCCCAGUAGGGUAAAUAAUUAGAACUACCUGUUCUUAACAUGUAAAUAAGCAUAAUUUGUUCCAAAGAUGAAAUGUUUGAAACGUGGUUCAUGUCUACUGCAAUAUAUUACUCAAGUGCUCCCGGACAUUUCACGUGAAGACCUGACUUCCACAGCCACGGCAAAGACCAAGUGAGAGCCGCUCGGGUGGCUGUUCCGCAGCCGAUGGACUGAUGCUGGCUUGUCAGAGCCUCAGGUGUCCGUGUUCAGAGCCCUGCCGUGCUGUGAUUUCUAAAUUCAUGUACUGUACAUCCUUAAGUGAAAAUAAAUGUCAUACUCUUUUCUAA